AACUUAAUGAAAUCUUUGCCCUUGGCUUCCUUUGUCCUGCCAGGAUCAUGUGCUUUCCUGUGCCUUUCCAUGAUUGAGUCACCAAGGGACAGCUGGCAAGAAGGGACAAAAAUACCAAAGAGUGACCAAAUGCCUUCAUGGGUUCAUUUCUUAAUGUCCUGCAGCUGCUGGUGAAACUACUAAAACUCCCGCCUCCCUCUGGCUGCCUGUUCCCUUAACAUAAUGAAUCAUUCCAUCUUAACAUCCUCUUGCUGACCCUUGUGCGCAGUUAGAGGUACAACGCAACCAAAAUGUGAGUAGGUGGCUGUAUUAUUUUAUUUCAAAAGUGGCUACUGAACAAUGAGAUUCCAUGUCCACUGUGCCAGGGCUAGCUCACUGAGGAGCCCACUAGUGCAGCAGACACUCUGACUUCUAUGAAGGUUGUGCUUCUAGGAACAACUUUAGGCCUGGCCAACAAAUGCUUGAUCCCUGAGUAGCAGAAGGAGAGGAAGUGAUGCCAUCUGCAAUCUGCCCUUGUCCAGAUUCUAAAAAGAUAUUUUCAGAUGGCUAACCACGGCACCAAAAACGUAUAAAUUCUGUUUAUAGUAGGGCAUGGUACAAGGAUAGGAGCCAAGCAUGGGUGCCCUUCCAAUUUUACCAGUGCCAUGAGGUUACAGAAAUCCCUGGACUAGCGCUCCACCCAGCAGAGGUACAUGUGGCAAUCCUCCCUGCCCAGCAACUACCCCCAAGAACAAGGAACGGGGAAACAGUUUGGGAGUGCCUGAUAGCCAAGCGUAGAUUCAUUAGGAUAGUAAACGUAGUAGGUAGGUGUCUUGGCAAGAGUGUUGGAAUGUAGCGUGGCUCUCUUCGCCUAACCCUUGGGGCCCUUUCCCAGAUAAAUAUAAAUUUUUGCUCGCAUCCUCUGGGUUCCCACCUAGACACAGAAGAGGCUCUGCGUCCCCGUCCCACACCCCACGUUGUGUCAGGGGCUGCUAUAUCCUGCCGGUGAGCUCGCCCCUCUUCUGCUUCAUUGUCAUCUUAACAUCUGGACAGAGGAAGAGGGAGGAUACUAGAAGGAAGGCCCAGCUCAGAAUGGCCUUUCCGGCUCUAUGCUAUUUACCAAGAGAAGAUAGGAGAACUGCAGCGCCUUCACUAGCGCCAUUUUGAAGACUUGAACUCUUUUCCUUUCCAACUUCAAACAGUAUAAAGUUGGCAGAGAAAAGACAAGAUGGCGCACACACAAGAGGGACAGAGAAAGAGGGAGAAAUAAACCUUGCUUUCAGAACCCAGAGCGUAAACAAAAGUGCGGAAGUUCUAACUGCGCAGGCGUAAAACUCUGACAUGCUUUAAAAUUCGAACAUCAAGGCGCGUACAAAACCUAGUCUGUGAAGAACUGUCUCAGCCUACUGAAGCUAGCAAGGGUCCUGUAGGAAAGGGAAGUGCAGCCCGGUCCCGGGGAGGAGGCGGAGUAUACGCAUACGCAGUGCGCAUGCGCGGCGCAGGUCAAUGGCGGGGUUAUCCGGACUGGCGGAAGCUACCUUUCCAACAUGGCGGGCGAGACUGACGGACCGUUCAAAGGGGUGCUGGUACCAAUUCUUUUACCUGAGAAAUGCUAUGAUCAAUUCUUCGUCCACUGGGACUUGCUUCAUGUUCCCUGCCUCAAGAUUCUCCUCAGCAAAGGCCUUGGGCUGGGCAUCGUGGCUGGGUCACUUCUUGUAAAGCUCCCCCAGAUAUUUAAACUCUUGGGAGCCAAGAGUGCAGAAGGACUGAGUCUCCAGUCAGUAAUGCUGGAGCUAGUGGCACUGACUGGAACUAUGGUCUACAGCAUCACCAACAACUUCCCCUUCAGCUCUUGGGGUGAAGCACUGUUCCUGACACUACAGACGGUUACCAUCUGCUUCCUGGUCAUGCACUACAGAGGAGAGACCGUGAAAGUUGCUCCAGGCAGCCACUAACUACCACAACGGACACACAGGCCAGCUUUCAGCCAUUACAGUGUUUAUGCUGUUUGGGGGCUCCUUGGCCCGGAUCUUCACUUCUGUUCAGG